CCGCGAAGCUCACAUCGUACAGGAUGUCUCGCACGUCCGACCUCGUGAGCGGGCUAAGGUCUGAGUAUCAUACCCCCUCGACUGGUUCUAGCAGAAUCUGGCUCUAACGAGCUGAGCGACGUACCAGAAAUGCGACGCGCGAAAUUGCCUGACGGCUAAUUCCUGAGAACCCCAACGAGUGCUGGAAUCGGCGUUCGGAUCCCUUCGUGCGUGGGGGAGGGAGGUUGUACGGGAGCUCGUGCGUCUUGAAAAGCGUCGCGGGGAUUGGGUGCGUUUUCCCUUCUGCAGAUCCUCGUCAGCCUUCCAUGUUCUCGAACUGUCAGUUUGUGUGUUCGCGCUACGUGUCGAGAAUUCGAUGCCAUGGGACGGGAGUCUCUAGCUAUGGUCGCAGCAGGAUGUCUUCAAGACUAUCCGAACACCCAAGGGGAACCGAAGGGGCUGUCUUUACAAAGAACCGCCAGCUUGGAAGUGAUGGCACGCAGGAUUGCGUCUGUUGCAGAAGAGAUUGGUAAUGGUGCUGAAGCAGGACUGCAUUCGUUUUGGAAGGCUGGCUGAUGGUUUGGCAGUAGCAGGAGAUCUGCAUCCUUGAGUCCACUUCGCGGCUCGUGGUGACUAGUCUCGUCCUCGUUGACGGUGAUUUGGCGCCGCGAAACUCGAUUCAGACUACUCUGGGGCUGUCGUG